UCAAAUGGAAAGAAAUAUUGCUUAUUUUUCCCUUUUCUCCACUGCCAGGUGUUUCUUGUUGGAUCACUGAUUAGGGGACGUAACAAGACACAGCUUCAUAGCAGAGCAUUUGGUUUGCACCUUACGAGGUCUGCACUAGUAGUUAGCUGAUCAUGAAUUUUCUGUGGCAAUGUUGUUUUCUUUUUACAUUUGCCAAAGCACUUGGGAUCCCUGAAGAUGAUAUCAGUGUUGUGUGUAAGGAACAUUCUGUUCAGGUUAAGUGGAAACUGAAUAAAUCCAUGAGUGUGAACCCCACUCGGCUAUUCCUAGGUAGCUGCUUUCCUUCACUGUUUUCAAAUGUGACAGAUGAUGGAGCAGAUGCAGAAUUUUACUAUCCAAUUAGUGAGUGUGGGUUCAAACGAAUGGCAACAUGGAAAAGCUUGAUAUACGAGAACAAGCUAACCUACAGGCCAUUACCAAAGCCCUACCCUCCUUCUUUCACCUAUCCAUUUAGAUGUGUGUAUGACAGGCCAAAGGGUUGGACCCCUUCCUUCCAGAGCCUUGCUUCUAAUAUUAUACAAGGUCAUGGUGAACUGGCCUUUCACAUGGCAAUUCUCAACCAUGAUUUCAGUGGCCCUGCGCAGUCCAAUGUCUUUCCUUUGGGUUCUUUUGUUCCUAUUUGGGCCGGGGUGGACCAGCAAGCCCAUCAGCCACUGGUCCUGCUUCUGGAAGAAUGUGUAGCCUCCACGACAUUGGAAAUCUAUCCAGACUCCCUUACAUACCCGCUCAUCACAAAUAAAGGGUGUCUUAUGGAUGGUAAGAACAGUUUCUCCAGUUUUUUACCAAGGUACCAGUCCUCCUCAAUCCUGCUUCACCUUCAAGCCUUCAGAUUUGCUGUGGGACAAGAGGUAUACAUCCAUUGCAAAUUAAUUGUUUGGGACCCUGACAAUCUUAAUGAAUUGAAGAAGGCCUGCAAUUAUAAUAAAGCUACGGGAGAGUGGGAGCUUUUAGAUGACCCGUCGCAGAAUGCGCUUUGUCAAUGUUGUGAUUCCACUUGUUCACGGCAUUCAAAAAGGGGCACAGAUUCCGUACCUCAAGGGCUGGUUCUGAACUCCAGAUUGGGACCUCUGAUGAUUACUGAAGAUUGACCACGAUGUUACCCCAACAUGCCAGCCUUUAACUCUGAGCACAGGUGCUGGAUUCCUAAUUGGAGGGAGUCAUCAGGAGUCUGCUGCAUCUUGUACACAUCUUCAUGUUUUUCAUUAAAAGGCUGAAACAUCUUUGAGUCUAUUAUUUGAAACUGUUCACUCCUGCACUGAUCUUUUUGACCUUGAGUA